AUGAUGCACUUUAGGAAAAAAUCAAGCAGCUCUGGUGGAUCCGAUGGCCACAGUGGAAAGAGUGGCCAUCAGCCAACUGUAAAAUUGUCGAAAGAAGACGCCGAAAGACUGAAGGUGCGUACUGCGUCCGUUGCUGAUCCUAUUUUGGAUGCUGUCAAUGAAGCUCAACCCUUUGAGCAAGCUGCCGAUGCUUUCCAGGAGGGUAUGAACAGAAAAUCGUACUUGUCUUUCGAUGGCUCACAGCCACUUCGUGAUAUUUUUGGCCAGCCGAUUCACCAACCCGAUGUCUCAAAUCCAACUAGAGCUAGGGAUGAGAGACCUUUGGACACUAUCAGGGGGUUUGAAUACGCAGUUUCCGGGGAUCCAAGCUGGGGUCAACAGUUGGAGACUCAGCAGUAUGGUUUUAGAGUUCGCCCAGAUUUCCCGCUUUUCAAUUCGAAUCCAUAUGGCAUGAACGGAGAAUCCAGCAUGGCUCAGCAACAGCAACAGCAUCAAAUGUAUGGUGAACAGGCAGUUUACCAAGCCCCUGCACCAAAUACUGGUGAAAAGAAAAAGAAGAAGAAGUCCUUCUUCAGCAGAAAGAAGAAGAAUCAAGAUUAA